GAUGGUGGCAUGGCCGUGCCUGCUGUGGGGCGCCGGGACAGCUAUUGGCGAGAUCCCGCCGUACGCAGUGUCGCGGGCGGCCCGGCUGGCCGGCGAGGCCAACGAGGAGCUUGACGAGUGGAUCGAGAACGAGUCGGCGUCGUCGGUGGUCAACGCCAUGCGGGACUGGAUGUUUGUCUCGCUGGAAAAGUACGGGUUCUGGGCCAUCCUGGCCUUUGCGGCCUGGCCGAACAUGGCGUUUGACCUGUGCGGCCUCGCCUGCGGCCACUUUCUCAUUCCGUUCUGGGUCUUUUUCGGCGCCACCUUUAUCGGCAAGGCCCUCAUCAAGGUCAACGGACAGGCUCUCUUCUUCAUCACCAUCUUCCGCAAGGAGUACCUCGAUGUGCUGGUCCGGUUUGUGGAGCGGUUCACGCCCGAGGCGUGGAACAUCGACGAGAAGGUCAACGAGGCGUUCCUCAAGCAGCGCGCCCGGUUCAUGCCCGGCGCCGAUGGCGCCGCCACCGCUACCGCCUCGUCGCCGACCGCACCGCCCGCGCCGCUGCUGGCCAGGCUUUGGUCGGUUGUCAUGAUCGCCUUCAUCGGCUGGUUUGCCCUCUCGGUCGUCCACUCGUUUGCCCAGCAGCGCGCCGCCUCAGACAUCCGCCGCGAGGCUGCUGAGGCCAAGGAGUCUGCCCGCAUCUACUACGCUACUCAGUCGUCGUAGGCCCCCUCAUACAUCGUAAUUAAGUAUGUAGAAGUAGCCUU